UAAUAUGCCUUUAAUAAAAGUUUGGUGCGCAGUACACCGCAGUGCGUUAGCUUGGGAAGAACUUACAGCAAAUGUCGUGGAAGUAAAAAAAAUUAUUGAAUCAUGUACAUCAAUAGCAACAUACUUUCAUCAGUCUGGUCUUCGUACUAAAGAAUUAAAAAAAAUUGCAGAUGAGAACAACAUGUCUUUGUUACAUUUACCCAAAUAUUUUGAAGUCCGUUGGACUGAAUUUACCUAUAAAUUAUUUUAUGGAAUUAUAAAAAACUGGUACAUUUUAGUAUGUUAUUUUAAUAAGAAAAAAGAAGAAGGAAUUGUCAAAGAAAAAUCAGUAGCAGUUGGAUUUUUAAAAUUUUUGACAGAUUUUAAUAAAUUAAAACUCUUAUGUUUUCUAACAGAUCUGGGUUAUGUCUAUGGACGAUUUCAAAAACAAAUUCAAUCAGAUGAGACUUUAAUUUUUGAUGUGGAAGACAAAAGAGACAGUGUUAUACAUAUUAUUAGUACAAUGAAAGAAUCACCACUUGUUGGAGGUUGGGAAGAUACUAUUAUUAACACUACAGAUGUGUCAUAUAUUUCCAACAGUGAGAAAGAUACAACAACAUUUAUGCUUAAAGGGUUCCAGCUGUUUGACUAUGUUUCAAAUUCUAGAAGAAAAAUUAACCAUCAAUAUGUAACAGAUAAUAGAUCUUUUGCUGCUAUUCGUAACGAUAUUCUUGAACAUAUUUAUAAUUACAUGCUCAAAAGAUUAGACACAACCAACUGGUCUAAAUUAAAGCCACUGAAGAUUAUAAAAAUGUCAGUAUCAGAUAUGGAACUAAAAGAAUGUCAUUCAUUAAUUUGUCCAGAUUUUAGUUUAGUUGAUUUUGUGACUUCAUAUAAAGAAGCGUCUGGACAUUCUCAGAUUAAAGACAAGCUUAUUUCAACUAGUGUUCUCAAAAUAUUGAUAAAUUGUGCAAGCUGGGAAUCAUUAACUGUUUCAAUAGCACGUGUUCUUGCAAUGAAACCUCACAGUGCGGAUGUUGAGCGCUUAAUCAGUUACUACAAUGUUAUUAAAACUGCAGACCGUUCACAAUUAUCUCCAGAAACAAUAAAAGAUAGUCUUUAUAUUAAGCUGAACAUGCCAACAUUGAGUGAAUUCAAUCCUCAUAAUGCAGUACUAGAAUGGCUUAAGUCAAAAAAAAGACAUAAUAAGGCUCAUACUUAUGCAACCAAACAAAAGUGGUUUGGGGGAGUUUUCCCAGAAGCAUCAGAAAAAUCAACUCUUUCAAUGGUAGAUGAAACAACAAUUAACUCAAACCUCAUCCAUUUUUUAAAUUUCUAA